CGUUGUUUCGCUGCGUCUUCAAGAGGUUUUUGUUGACUAACUGUGCUUCUCUCGUUUGACUCACAUGAUCACCAACCACCAAAUAAACAAAGAAAACCAAAAAAAUCUCAUUAACGUGCGUAAAUAGCAACAACAACCUCUCUCAUUUUCUUCAUCUUCUGCUGAGAACGACAGAGAAGCAGCGUUCAGAGUUCAGAAAAUGGGUUUAUACUCGACCAUGAUGGAAGAAAUAGCCUUAUACACGGGGCUUUCUCCCACGGCGUUCUUCACCAUCGCCGCCAUGAUGAUCAUCGUUUACAGAAUCGUUAGCGGUUUUUUUGUGUCCCCCGAAGACUAUAACAAACCCCCUGUUGUUUCUGCCCCGCCCGGUCUCCGGUUCGAUGAGCCGGAGCCGCCGCGCGAAGCGGUUCAGCUCGGUGAAGUCACCGCCGCGGAAUUGCUGGCAUAUAACGGCUCCGACCCUGAGAAGCCACUCUUGAUGGCUAUCAGAGGCCAGAUCUAUGAUGUCUCCGCCGGCAGGAAUUUUUAUGGUCCUGGAGGACCAUAUGCAAUGUUUGCGGGAAAGGAAUGUAGCAGAGCCCUUGCUCUCCUCUCUUUUAAACCUGACGACAUUAAUGGGAACCUCAAAGGUUUAGGCGAGUCAGAGCUUACAAUUUUAGAGGAUUGGGAAUAUAAAUUCAUCGACAAGUAUCCAAAGGUUGGCCAGCUUGUUCAAGAACCUCAGCAAAAUGAGCACAAAGAACAAAGUCAAGACCAUUUGAACCCUGAUGAAUGCAAGAAGGAAGCAUAACAAAAAACUGCUGUAAUGUUUGUUGUGUGUAAUUGAGAGAUUACUGUACCCUAAUAACUGCAGCCGUUAGUCAUCCUUGGUAAUUAGCACAUGAACACUCAUACCAAUGUAUAUUUUUCUGUGUAGUUUGUGGUAAAUAUUUCAACAUGAGCCACUUGUUAUUAAUCAAAUAUAGGUAACAGGUGACAGAAAACAUUCCCUCUCGCAACUACUCUGACCUUGGAAAAAUUGAAUUUGUUUUAGCUUGUCACA